AUGCGGCCUCGCCGUGCUCUCGCCUGUGCGCUCGCAGAUGUAGCGACGGCGGCUGUUAUGGCGCCGGCUACCGGCACCGUCAUCACCAGCCCCGCAGUGCUAGCGGCUGCGGCGCUGCGUCAACAACGCCGGUCUGUGAUGGACCAGAGCAGGCCCGCCUUUGCAGCACAACGGCGUCGCUCCUCCGCACGGAAGAGCUCCGCUAAGGCGGACGCGUCGGGUGCGUCCGCGCCGGACCAGACAGUGGCGGCAAGCUGUGACGCUGCACGAGCCCCCUUACAAGAUCCCGAGCCGCGAAGUCCCGCGAACGGAAACGCUCAGCAGCAGCACCAAGAGGAUGCUUCACCACUCAAGGUGGCAGAGGAAGAGGCUGUCACGCAGGCGACCACCAGUGGCAGUGGUGGCGGCGGCACGUUGUUCGCACAUGUGACGCUGGGCACUGUCCACGACGCAGAACAGAAGCAGGAGCGUCUGCGCCUUGCGAAGCUACGUUACUCUCUUCUUGCUGGCGCCCACAGUGCGAUGCAGAGCACAGCAGGGGAGGACUGCCGUGCCCACGCACCGCGUCUCGCUUUGGAAGCAGUUAACAUCACCAGCACGAAUGCGCCCCCUGUUGCAGGCAGCAGGGACGCUGAAAGCAGCCCUGCCGUCGCACCAUCUAAACUGUGUGUCAAGCUACCAUCGCCUGUCCAGCGUGCUCACUGCGGCGCCACAGCCGCCCCAUCGACGACGGCGCAGCUGUCGGUGGCCCAGGCGCUUCGCGUAUUCGCCAAUACCUUCGCCUUGACACUGCACUCAACACCGCAGAAGUGGCGCACGCGCGUCAGCGCGGCCACCGCGCCGGCUCUGCCUGUGUUCUCCGGCUCGUCCUCGAUUCCCAUCGCGGGGGCACCGCUGUCCUCGUCCUUUCUCUGCUCACCCUUGGCAAUCAUCGCCGCACCCACAGCCGUGAGCUCGGUGGCGCAGCGGACCAUUGCCGUCGAGGAGACGGCACCGCUACGCUGGCUGGAGACGUCCUUUCUCGAUCUGUGCGAGCGCCUCUUGAGAGAGCUCUAUGAUGAGCACGCGACCGCGACGCAGCGGCACGAUCUGCUCGGCAAGGUGCAAGGGCAGGCUGCGGUCGUGCUGCGCGCAGUCGAUAAAGAGUGUCGGGCCGUCAACAGCCAUGUUCUCCACGUCAUGCGACGGCAGUGUCGCCGCGACGCUGCCGCCGCCGCAAAGGGAAGCAGAGCCACCGGCGGCUCCUCUCGCAAGCGCAAGUCGUCUCGGGCGCCGAAAGACACGAACGUUGAGGACACCUUGCAGAACACCCUCGAACGCGUUGGGCAAGAGCUGCACCUGGUCCACGCGUGGAUCAUUCACUUGUGCUGCGACGCAGGCGAAGGCGGUGCAGGUGCGGCUGCAGCAGCGGCUGCCGUUUGCGUGGCGCGGCGCGCGCUUCGCUGGGACGCUCUCCGCGGCGCCGCAGCGACCGCGACCCUUACGCUGGAUGAUGUCAGGUGGUUGUUUGCCGUGGCCCUGCUGGACCACCUGCACACACAGACGUACUGCUUCCACCAUGCAAAGACCACCGCGGUCGAUCACAUCACGGACGCUGCGGCCGACGCUCAGGGUGGCAAAGCGAGGAUGUCACCUAUCGUCGUGGACGCUCACCACCUUCGCGGCCUUGCCGCCCUCAUCGACUUUUCGAUGGCGCAGCGUCUCGAGGUGCCCCUGCUGCUCGCUACGCAGCUGUACAGUCGCGGCACAGCGGCAUUUUCUCUCGCUGCUGUAGCGCAGCAAGAGGCCCUCCUGGACGUCAUCAUGGUGUACCACGCCCUUCUACCCACCUACGCACUUCUGUUUCCGUCGUAUCAUCGAGUCGUCGUAGCCGCCGCGACACCGAACCCCACACCAUCCAAGCAGCGCUACACUGCUGGGGAGACGCACUCGGCCACGCCACGCGAACUGGUGCUGGGUGAUGGCGAGGCGGACGCAGAUGCGCAUCAGGUCAUCGCACCAGCAGCGGCGGACUGUGCAAGGGAGCAAGACGGCGACGACAGUGACAGUGAGGCGGCGCGGGAGCUGGCAGAUCGUUGCGCCAUGGCAGCGUCACCUCUGCGAGUCUGGGAUGCUGUGGUCCGGCAUUGGGAGCAGCAGCAGGAGCAGGUGCGGAACGAGGGUGCGGCGGCAGUCGUGUGGUGGCUGCGGAUGCUACCGCUGUGGAUCAGCACCGCCACGGACUCCCUGCAGCUGUGCAUGAUACUUGUCAGCAGCGGCGGCGGUAGUGGCGCGGAUGCUGUCCGCACGGCAGAGCCCGUGAAGGAGCUGCUAAAUCGCGCAGCGGCGGUGCUGCGCGACGCGUUGCGCUUCGACCGGCGUGAAUAUGAGCGAAGUCGUGGAGCGCAACAGCUGCUCACCAUGAGGCCGGCAUCUGCAGGAAGCGACGCAUCGCCCCUUGGCGACGAGGACAGCAUAAGUAACGGUAACGACGCAGGGAAGGCCGGCGAAGCCGGUGCCUUUGGCACCGCAACCGCAGGAGCGGCAGGGACGAUGGAGGCACAUUACGCUCUGGACAACGACAACGGGCUCGCUGCUGAUGCCCCGCCGCCCCUGCGUCGCCAGCGUGGCAAGCGCUCCCUCUUCUACAAGUCACCGCACGAGUCUGACGGCGGCGUUCUCGUUCGAGAGAGUCAGGGAACAUCGGCGCGGGGGGACACGAACGGAGUCGGCAGCGCGGCCCGUUCGCGCUUUGAAUCGCGCAGCCACACCAGCGCUGGUCUCGCGGCUAGAUACGCCUCCUCUGUGACAGGCGUUUUUGGCAGCACUCGCGGCGGCGCGGAUGGUCACGCAGCGGGUGCGUGUCCCGUCCGUCAUGGCCGGGUCACCUCGGCGGCGGCGGCAGAUCGCUACACGAGUCCCAUCUUCCAGACGCUGGUGCUGUCGAGUGAGACGCCUAUCGCCCUUAGCACACUCUUCCGCCUUGAUGUAGUGCGGCGUCAGAGCUGCUUGGAAGAGGCCUGGGCCGCCAUCGUGCACUCCCAGAGUGAGCUGUGGCGCCUCCUGUACGACCUCCCUCCAGCGGCGGGGGCGGCGAGCGACGCGGCCCGUGACGAGCAAGUCAACCGCACAACGUUUCUCCGCAACGCCCUUCCGGUCGCCGUGGCGUCUCUCGUCGGCACUGCUGCGGUGGCCGCAUCUGGCAUCAACAGCAACUCCAGCCAGCGCCGUGCGGCGGCGACCUCGUCCUCGGCGCGGGCACCCGUACAAGAGGAGACGCUCCGGCGGGUGCUGUGCACACUUCAAAGCGCGCAAGAGCAGCUCGGCCUGUCCCUCUUCGAGUCCCUCCAUCACGUGCUCGUCUCCGUUGCCCAGGCACUGCUGCGAAUCGAGCACGUGAGCCACAGGGCGCACCUUUCGUUUCGGACGCCGCAGGAUGUCACGGCUGGAAAGCGAGCACCUCUGGACCACGUGCACCAGCGGCAAGCCUUUAUACACGUCCUCACUAUCGGGGCCUCGAUUCUGCUGACCGGGAACUCGCUACCAUGGGAAGGCGCGCAAGUUGCAUGGCAGCUGCUGCAGCAGCUCCGCUACCCACUGAUCGUGUUCCGGUCAGGCGCCGCAGUCCCGCAGCUGCCGCGUCCGCGGUUUGUCUCGGUGGCCAUGGACACUUUCGCGGUACGGUGGACGAGGGCCAUCGUCAAGGAUCUGUCGCUGCUGCAUGUAUCGUGCCGGCAGUAUGCUGAUGUGGUGCUAGCCAACGCACUGGAGAUGCUGCGUGUCUUGCAGACCCCGUUCACCUCCGAGGCGCUCCCACUUUCUGCGAAGCAGGUGACCGCGGUCGCCCUGCUGCGCAGUCUCUCAGUUCUCGCGAGCCAGUGGCGUCAACGCAGGGACGCAGCGCAGAAAGGCUUCCGUGUGCACCGGAUGGCGGGACUGGCCGAGGUGCAGCACGACGAGGUCAUGCAACUGCACCAGGGUGUGCUCGAUCUGCUGCGCGACAACGGCGCACUACGGCUGCUCUGCUGCUAUGCCACAUUUGUGGGGGAGCUGUUUGAGGUUCAUGUGCGCCUGAAGGCGACACUCGCGUCGCUGGUGGAGUGGGCCGAUAUGUACCUCCUGCCCUCUGUUCUGCCUGUGGUGGUGGCUGGCCUGCACCGGUCCCGGUCCACGCACAACGCUGCCACACACGCCGACAUGUGCGAGGCGACUCUGGGACUGCUCUCCCAGCUGUCCCGCUACGCCGCGAAUCCGCAGAUGUCCGUAAUGGAGGUUGUGCGGACGCCGUGGAAUCAGGUGCUGCUGCAGGUGAGCCUCUACUGCAUUCGGACGGCAGGAAGGGGCGGUAGGAAGCGGGCCCCUGACUACGGGCUGCCUCCGCCGGUUUUGCCGAGCCUUGACGACAUCGCCGCGCUUCAGCGGCCGUCGCACGGAACGGACGUCGCGGCGGCAGCAAGGGAGUGGGCAGCGGCCUUCACCGGAGGCCGCGAGCCGUUGUUUCUCGCCCUGCUCGACCGCAGCGAGGCUCUGCUGGGGGCGCCGCGCAGCCUGCAGUCCGGCAUCGCGGAGGUUGCCGAGGGCACGACAUCUGCGCUGUCGGCGUACAUCGCAGCGUUGGACGAGCAGGUGCGGUUUGGUCGGCGCGACUGGGACGCCGCGCGGCCAGUAAGCCACAAAGGCAUCGCCGAAGACCUAACAGUAGACACGCGCGAGUUGCUGGCGCAUCUGCAGGUUUCCUACGAGGGAGUGCAGGCGUUCGGCAGGAUAAUGAUCCCCGCCCUCCGAGCCAGUGCCGAGGUGGCGCCGUUCAUGGCGGCAAAACCCAACAACACUCGCCAGCUGGGCUUUCUCGUGCGGUUUAUGGAGCAGCACCUGCGCGUGCAGGAGCGCCUAUCCCGCCUCAGCGACGAUGAGCUAGAGUCUUUCGUGCUGCCCCGGCCCGCAAAGGAUGAGGCGGUGCCGCUCGCUGUUCAGGCUGUGCCGAGGCCGUCGCCGCCGUCCCCCUCGUCUAGCUUGGCGGCUUCCGCGGCUACCGUCAGCGAGACCGCGCCGCUGGUGCUGCUGGACUUCGUUGGCUACCUCAGCAGCAGGAGCGUGUGGGCGAUGGUGACGUGGGCGUGCAACAUUGCGGAGACAGUCGUGAAGAUCGAGCUGAAGCGCCACCGUCACAUCCCUGAAGCCGUGCAAGCGGUGGCCACCACGGCGAUUCUCACGCAACUGCGCGCCGUUCCGCCGCCCAUCCGCGGCGCCGGCAAGCCCCCGGUGAACAUACUGAGGGCGCUGCUUAGCCUCUCCGACAUCGUGGCAGGCACCACGGAGUCCCUCCUUGGGUACCAUCGCCGCUCUGUGAUCCGUGGCCUGCUAAGCAACCCAACGCGCGAUCAGUACCGCGUUGCCACCUUUGGACUGAAGCAGGCCACCGCAUACGUGCAGGAGGAGGCACGGCAGUACCAGGGCCUGGGUGUGCAGGAAAGCCGCGCAUGCGACGCUCUCACAUCGGAGAUGGCCGACGGCGACCCCGCAGUCGACCUUGAGACAGCGGCAAAUACCGAGGUGGUCGAGGAGGCUUACAGCACAGACGGCACGUUGCACUUCCGAACGAACGCCGAUGGCACGAUUGACCGCACCUGGCUAGCUGCCGGCCCUCCCGGGCUACCAGCCCCACCGCGGCAGCAAGACGUGGGGAUCUACUACAUGAAAGUGUGGGCCGCGUACGCCGCCCAGCAGCGCCUCCGCACUGCCGCGGGCGAAGCUACGGCGGCAGAGGCAGAGGCCGCAACAGCAGCGCUGAUGCCGUACUUGCGCACGGACCUCAAUCGUGAAUAUCGCUUCUUCCUGAGCUGCCUUGUGUGCCUUGUCGACGCCAGCAUGGAGUCUGCGCUGCUGUACCUCCGCCGCCUGCAGGGCGACGGGGAGGAGGACAUCCGCCUUCUUGUUGAGGCUGCCAUCUCAGAGGUGUGCGGCACCGUCUCAGCGACCAUUCACUCGCUUCUCAGCCUCUCUCCAGAGGUGCGCCGCGCAUGCUGUCAGCGGGAGGAGGCAGAGCUUCUGUGGGCCUCGUUAUGUAUCGUUGCCACGAUCAGCACCGUGGUGCCGCGCGACCCGCAGGAGCGCUUCUUCACACCGCGCUGCACAGAAGCCAUCGGGCGUGUCUUCUCGCUCACACGCUGGCUGGUGGACGACGCGAUCUCGGCUAUGGUGACCCCGUCGGCCACCAAUGGAGAAGCCGACUCUCACACGGUACGAGAGGGCACUGCCACCGCCACAAGCGAAGCGGGGGCGUCUCUCGUGUACCGCCCGCUCUCCACUGCGCUCGUGCGUGGCGUGCAGCUUCUCCUGCGGGACCCCCACAGCUCCCAGCGGAUGGCGAUACGGUUGGCCGUGCGCCAGCGUGAGCGGGAUGAUCUGACGGCCGUCCUCGUGGCGCUGCAGGUGUUGGUGAAGUCUGCCGCCGCCUACGAGCCCGGCCGCAGCCUCCUGCACUACGUCUGGACACGACUCGCCGCGGAGCUGAGUCAGCCGCUCCUUGGCCCUGCCGCAGCCACCGCUGCACCGCCGCCCGCUCGAUCCGCGAAGUCGAAGAAAGCAAAGCUCUCCGCUGCGGCGGCGGCGAUCCAUGCAGCACCAACCGAGUUGAACGUUGCGGCGACAGUCAUCUCGCGGAGCGAGUACAAUGCCGUGCUGCGCGGGCUUGUAUCCGUGUGCGCAGCACUGCCGCCAAGCUCUGGCCGAGGCGGGAAACUGGAAAGGGACGAGACAGGCGAUGCUGCCACCGAGUCGGCGUUGGAGCUGCCGACCGCCGGCGGGAGCGGCGUGGCAGGGGGGGGGCCGGUCGUGUGCGACGUGGACGCUGCCGUGCGACACGUCGUCGAGGACGCCGCCGGUUUUGAGGCAGAGCGAAGACGGUGCCUGAACCAGAGCGCUAGCCAGGAGGAGUGGCACUACGCCGGCGUCGCCAACUCGGACGAUGCCGCCUCUCCUGCCGCGGGUCACGGUCUCACAUCGUCACUGCUGAUGCACCCGGGCCAAGAUGUGGCGUCGGGGCACCCCGCGUUCAGCGUUGCCGAGGUGAUGGAGAGCGGCUCAAUGCCGGUGACAUUUAUCGUUGACGCCGUCAUCGCGCACGCCGCCGCCACAGUGCGCGCCGCCGGUGGGCGCUCGUCACUGGACAUCAACUCCAUUCCGGGCGUGGCACGUACCGCGCCAGCCGCCGCGGUUGGCGCCGUAGACGCCGUUGACGACGAUCCUGCGACGGCCGUUGGUUUCCUGCGUCUCGUGCGAGAGUUUCAACGUCACGUGACGGAGCUGCUCUCGCUCGUGCCCCUGCGCGACAUCGUCGCUCGCCCGCAGGCCGAGGUGCUCUUUGCCUGUAUGAGUCUGCUGCACGGCACUGUCUCCGCCGCCGCGGAGGACAAGGUAUGGGCGCUGAUGACCUCCAAGUGGACAGCUGAGCUGCUCGUCCCAAGCGAGUCAACCUUUCUGCAGCUGCAGGAGUCGGAGCUGGCGAAGGUCCGUGAGCUGCGUGCCGUAACGUCGCGGGACUUGCACUCGAUGGCUAGCACGCACACGCGUGGCAGUGUGGAUGGGGCAGGUCACGGCGGCAGCAGCAGCAGCAGUCCGUACGGCUCGUUACCGUCUGGCGCCGCCGUGGUCGACAUGUUUGCUGCCGCUGGCCGCGCGCAGACGAGGAGAUGUGCGCAGCCGAAUGCCGAGCUGAGUGUGUUGGCAGCAGCAGGGCGCAGUAUGCGGCACCACUGGUGCGCUGAGGAGUUUGACCUUCCUCGCCACGACGAUGUGUCGCGACUGCUUUCCAAGGCUGGCGGGGUCCGGAGGGGGCCGCGGAACGCAGGCGAGGAUCGCCGCACUCAGCAGCGGAAUGGCGGCCGUGCGAGCACCUUGGAGUUUGACCCGCAAGCAACUGGCAUGGCGGCACUCGCGGCCAUGCCGGACCCGAUCCCGAUUUCGGUGGUGCUCACUAUCUUCAAGGUGCUGAGCCGACGCCCCGUCGAACACGCCGCAUCUGGCUCUGCGGAAGGGCUGUCGCAGACCUUUGACGCGCACGGUGGCGGAAUGACAUCCUGCCAAAUCGCAGCGACAGCCUCGUGGCUAGCCAAGGGCGGUAGCGAUGGUGGCAGCGUGGACGGCGCGAGGGUUCGCGGCGCCGAGGUGGAGCAGGACGGCUUUUCGGCGUUUGCUGAGGUGUUUCUGACGUACACGGCGCGCGCAUACUGGCUGCUGCGACCGCGACUGGACGACAGUGCGUGGGUUGUGUGGGCCAUCAUGGAGAAGAGCAUGGCUGUGUACCCGACCGACAGCGGCGUGCGGCAGCGCGAAUGGGACCGGGUGUGUCGCCAGUGGCGGCUGCCAGUGAGCUUCGACCGCGCCUAUGCCGUGGCAGGACACUUUUUCACCGAGGAGCAGCGGCGCCACAUCAGCGCGUGGACAACGGCGCUGCACACGGUCGCCUCUGGCGAAAGUGCCUCGGCGUCGGUGAGCACGAAGACGGUCGACGGCGCAGAGGAGGUGGCGGUUCUCCGGUACUUGCAGGCGGCAGCCCUCUACGUUCAUCUGCUGGCGAUGACGUUGUCUCUCCUCUCACGUCUUGGCAUAUUCGGUGACCUGCCAAAGGCCUCUGUCGAGGUGGUGCGUCGGCGGGUGCAGGCGCAGGUGUUGCAGCAUCGCCCACCAGGCGGUCGCAGCGCCGCCGCCACCUCCUCCGCCUUCCUCGUCUCGAACGAGGCCCUGACGCGUGAGCUCACACUCAUGGCACUGGAGCGCCAGACGCAGCCGAUUUUUGUGAACCGCAACCUCUUUGAAGGCGCAGUGCUUCAAUUCCUGAAUGUGCUUUGGUGCAUCGUGCGGCACGCGGACUCGCUGACGCACACAGCCACCGACGUGGUCGUGGCGCUGCUUCAAGCCCCCGACCCGGCUGCUUCGAUGGGAUCUGCGGCGGCGAAGGCGCUGCGGGCCACGCCACCGACGGCGGCUUCUGCAGCCGCCAUCGUCUCCUACGCUGACCACGUGCGCAUCAUGGUGGUCGGGGUUGUGCAGGACACGCUGGACAUGGUGACAAGUUUGGGGAGCCGAGCUCCCGCCCUGCUGCUGCAGCAUGCCGUGAAAUCACUUCUCACGAGCGGCUUCUCCUGUGAGCCGCUAAACCUACGGAUGCCGGCGCACCGCACGCGGAGUGCAGCAGCCACGGCGACAUCGACUACGCACAACGGCCCAUCCGCCACGCGCACCGACCACACCAACGACACCUUGUUUGCACCGGCGGUCAACGUCAUCGCGACACACUUGAGCACCACCGCCUCGGUGCCCUCGGCGACGGUGCUUGAGGAUGCGCUGCUCUCCACCCCUGCAUCGGCGGCGGCGUCGCUGUCGGCCACGCCCGAGCUUGCCGUGUCACGCGUACUCAACCUCGUUGCCCGGCCCGAGCUGUUCGUUGGCAGUCCAACCAUGUUGGCCAUCCUGAGCCCACAGUUUGUGCGCAGCACGAUCUGCAGAUCGCUGGAGAGCAAGGUGACCUCCUCAACACUCCUGCCUGUAGCCUUCGCUCUGGAGUUCUACCUCUCUCGUCAAGGUGUCCCACUGGCACCGCUUCUGGAGGCGACCACGGAGCUGCUGACGGCCUGCACGCUCCGUAACAGCGCCGUUCACAUGUACUGUGAGCAUCUCGCCAGUGAGCUGACGUCGCGCAAGGAGUUCCGCCAAGCCUUGGCGCCGCCGACAAUCGCCUCGGCUGAGCAAGGUGCCGCCGGAUCCAUCCCCAAUGAGGUUGUCAUAUCCUUCCUUGCCGCCAUUGCGCGGCAGGACGUGCUGGUAACCAAGAAGACCCUCGCCCACCUCCUGCACUCGGUGAUGCGGAUGCGGCCGGACGUAUUCGGGCAGCCUCCCACAGAGAACCGUCAGGGAAAGUUGACGUUGGUGCAAGUAGGUACGACGGUCGACUCCGCCAUCGACACCACCAACCCCCUCUACACACCCGCGCAACCGGCGGCGAAGCGGGGUAGCAGCAGCAACGACGCAGAUGGUCCGCGCGACUCGGCGGCGGUGAUGAGCGCCUUCAACCUCGAGAAGUGGAGUGACGCGACAGCCUUGACGCACCGCAAGGCCCUGGCCGCGCUCACCAUCUCCCUCCCCACCGUGGUGGAAGUGGCCAUGCACAUGAACUGGAUGCGACCGCUGGACUCGUCUGAGUGGCGGCGUGCCAUUCAGAUGCUCAAGGCCGCCGACGAAGCGCGGCGUGAGCGGGUCGCCGUUCACCGGUCACAAGCGCAGGCAGCCAUGCAGCAAGGGCGCGCAGACACCGAACAAGAGGGCGAAGGCAGUGCGGGCAAGAAGCGGCAGCUCGCCGACUCGACGGCUGCUGCGGCUGUAAAGCUAGACGCUUCUCUUCGCCUGGAAGACCCGUUCGACUUCGGUGUAGGUAUCCUGCACCUGCGCUACGCGCUGCGCAAGAUCGUGCACGCCUCGUUGCGGCGGCUGCUACACCAGCAGGGGCCUCGUAUGCUGGCGGGUGUGGCGUCCAUGCUACAGAUGGUUGACCCUGCCUUGCAGCGAGCAACAUCCACGGCUCAGGCGUCUUCCUCCGCCGCGGAGGACCGCGACGGUGGUGCGAGGAGCAGGCGCCCGCGGUCGUCAUCUGUGGUGCAUGGGGUGUCUGUGCAUGGUGCUGGCCACUCAGCAGAGCCGCCUCGUCCAUUUGACGGCGUGCUGGCUGGAACGACACGGGUCUUGCUUUCUCGUGCGGUGCUGUGCGCGCAGGCGAUCGGCUACGACAGCACCGGGGCAGCGCUGGAGAUGUCGCCGCGCAACGGCUCGUCGCAGUCGCAGGAGGCGCAGCCAGUGCUCAAGUUGCCAGUCCCGGCACUUCAGCCCUCUGUGGUGGAGGCCGCUAUCUCGGCAACGGCGAGCGCUGCUUCGCAACACCUCCGCAAAGGGCGCCACAUGCAAGCAGGGCACAGCACUGGAAAGAUUGGCCUGCUCAGCAAGGAGGAGAAGGCCACCGUACAUCAGCGCGUGGAGCUGGAGCGCGACGCGGCGACGACGGUGGGGCUGACUACGGCUCAGCUGUCACCGCAGAGUGCGCGGCGCAUUGCGCGAGCGCUGCGGCUCACCCGCCACCGCGUAAAGGUGAAGCAGCGUCAACAGGAGUAUCGCAUGCGCCGGGAGAAGCGCCAAGAGAACCCCCGCCUCAGCAUCAGCGCCGCAUCCCAUCACGUCUCCAGCGGCUACGCAUCUGUAUCGAAAACCCAUGGCAUUCGAUGA